UUGGAACAUUAGUAACAACUCCAUCACCACACCGGACCGGAGCGGACCGGAGCGGAGCGGAGCGGAGCGGAGCGGGGAUCGUGGAGAGGCGGCAUGUCGGCGCCGCUGCCCCCGUGUGUGAUCGACUGCGGGACGGGAUACACCAAGGUGGGCUAUGCUGGAAACACAGAGCCACAGUUCAUCAUGCCCUCAUGUGUAGCCAUCAGGGAAAGUGCUGGCGUGGGGGAUCAGGCUCAGAGGCGUCUGGUACGAGGUGUGGAUGAUCUUGACUUCUACAUCGGAGACGAAGCCAUCGACAAACCAAACUACGCAACCAAGUGGCCUAUCCGUCAUGGGAUGGUGGAGGACUGGGACCUGAUGGAGAGGUUUAUGGAGCACAUUAUCUUUAAAUACCUCCGAGCAGAACCAGAAGACCACAGCUUCCUGAUGACAGAGCCUCCUCUCAACACUCCAGAGAACAGGGAGUAUCUGGCAGAGAUCAUGUUUGAGACCUUCAGCAUCCCGGGCCUUUACAUCGCAGUGCAGGCCGUUCUAGCGUUAGCUGCAUCGUGGACGUCUCGUCAUGUUGGAGAGAGAACGCUGACCGGCAUCGUCAUCGACAGCGGAGAUGGAGUAACUCACGCCAUACCUGUGGCGGAGGGCUAUGUGAUUGGCAGUUGUAUUAAGCACAUCCCCAUCGCUGGGCGGGACAUCACCUUCUUCAUCCAGCAGCUGCUUAGGGAGCGAGAGGUCGGCAUUCCUCCUGAACAGUCACUGGAGACAGCCAAGGCUGUCAAGGAGCGGUUCUGUUACAUCUGUCCAGACAUAGUGAAGGAGUUUAGUAAGUACGACUCGGAGCCGGGCAGGUGGAUCAGACAGUACCACGGGGUCAACGCCGUCACUCAGACUUCCUUCCACAUCGACGUCGGCUACGAACGCUUCCUGGGUCCAGAGAUUUUCUUCCACCCGGAGUUUGUGAACGCUGACUUCAUGCAGCCCAUCUCAGAUGUAGUCGAUGAGGUCAUUCAGAGCUGUCCAAUCGAUGUCCGGAGACCGCUCUACAAGAACAUUGUUCUCUCUGGUGGGUCCACCAUGUUCAGAGACUUUGGGCGCCGUCUGCAGAGAGACCUGAAGAGACUGGUGGACGCAAGACUGAGACUGAGUGAACAUCUGAGUGGAGGAAGAAUUAAGCCCAAGCCGAUGGACGUACAGGUGGUAACACACCAUAUGCAACGUUAUGCCGUCUGGUUUGGAGGCUCCAUGCUGGCAUCCACGCCGGAAUUCUCCCAGGUCUGCCAUUCGAAGAAGGAUUAUGAUGAGAUCGGUCCCAGCAUUUGUCGCCACAACCCCGUAUUUGGAAUUAUGUCCUGA